AUGAACAUGGAAAACAACAUGAAGGAGGAACAAGAUAGGAGAAGGAGAGCAGCUUGGGCCGCAUUGGGGCCUCUCGAGGAUGCCACUGACCAACUGAAGGACCCAAAAAGCUGCGCUCAUCUUUUCGAUUCUACGGUCCACCCAGUGCUCUGUUAUGCUGCUGAGACGUGGGUUAAUACUUCAACCACGUUAGGAAUGCUUCGCACUGCUCGCAGAGCGCUUGAGCGAUGUCUUCUAAAACAUGAGCGAUUACGAGAAGAAGGAACGAUUGGUAUAUGUGCUAGGGUCCGCAUAGUUGGUGAAGACGGACCGUCCAAGUAUCCUAGUAAGUAA